AUGGCUGAGACGCACACGUACGACUUCAGCAUCACCAUGACCUGCGGCGGCUGCUCCGGCGCCGUGGACCGCGUCCUCAAGAAGCUCGACGGCGUCGAAAGCUACGACGUCUCGCUCGAGAACCAGACGGCCCAUGUCGUCACCUCGUUGCCGUACGAGACGGUGCUGGAGAAGAUUGUCAAGACGGGCAAGAAGGUCAACUCGGCCAAGGCCGACGGCGUGGAGAAAUCGGUCCAAGUCCCCGCCGCAGCAUGA